AUGGAAGAGCUCGAGAGGGAGCGCGAACGGUUGGAGGAGAUGGAGAUUGAACGGCAGAAUGAGAUUCUGGAGCAGAGGAAAGAAACUGAAGAGGAGAAGAGGAAACGGAUUGAGAAAAAGAGAUUAGAGGAAGAAGAACGACGAAUAGCCCAGUUCCAAGAAGCCGUUGAAAAGGCGAAAAAAGAAGCCGAACUUCUGAGAAAAGCCAAACUAUUCAAGCACGUGCUGAAAGGUGCUGAAGAGACGGGUGAAAUAAGUGAGGUUGAGCAGAAGCUUCUUGGCGUUGACGUCGAAACCGGUCAACGUCUUCUCAAAGAGGUGUCCGAAUUUGAGAGGCAGAAGCGAUUGGAAGAGCAAGAGAUUCAGAAGAAAAUCACGCCGCGGAAUGGAAAAGAUCAGCAGACUUCGAGAACCCGAUCAUCAUCGAUUAGUAUGCACUCGCCGGCUCAAAAAUCGCCGCUUAGUCGGAAUGGGUUCGGACGACGAAGUGUUCGAACGACGAGUCGCGAACGCGCUGAAGUCUCGCCGCCUGUGGAAACGACCAAAAUUGCUGAUCAGUUUGUUGGACAACGGACGACUACUCGCGAUUUCGACGCUUCCACUGACGAGAUGAUUCGUCCGGGCAGCCUUUAUCGUCCAAUCAAUCGCGGUGUCUCGAACAAUAUGGAGCUGGAGGAUGAGGAGCGAAGGGAGCGAGAGAGUCAGCAUAAUAAGUUCUUCCUCAGAAAUACGGUGGCAUCAUCUCAACAUCAUCACAAAUCGUCGAAGAAACACACCGACGAUCUUACGCAAAGCGCUUUGUUUGGACCGGUCCCGACUCGACGUCGAAGUAUGAGAAUGGCAGCGAAACCCGUUGAAAUGCAUGACUCUGAGUCGCGGCCAAGAAGUUUUGGCGAGGAAACGAGCAGCGAUGGCAGCUUUUCGCCCGAUUUGAAUCAUAACGAUUCGCCACUCCCAUCGUCUACAGAAAACGUUCAUCCGAAAGUCGAUGUCUCGCCGUGCGCAGAGCCAACGAAAGAUAUGAUUGGAAUUCGCACUCGUAGUGCCCUGGGAUCGCCGGCCAAUUACUUGAACGGUGGUGGUAGCUUGAUGGGGUCGCGAUGCGCUUCGCCAGCCGGAAAUAGCAGAUUUUUGCAAAAGUUGGAGCAGAAGGGUGCAAUUCGAAGAGAAGAGGAUUGCCUUUCGCCGAGUAUUCGUCGAAUCGCUGAAGCGAAUUUGAGUCGCAGUCCAUCGAUUACAUCGCUUGGUGGCUCAUUUCAUAAUUUGACGCAACUCCGUGGAAGUAUGAUGAAUUUGUCGACAUCCGGAGAACCGUCGCCCAACUUAAGUCGAUUCCAUAGCAUGACAUCACCUGCUCGCCAAUCGCUGAGCAAUCGAAUACAGAAGACCUCGGAUCGUCAAGCGGCGGUUUUGGAUCGUCUCAAUCGCCUACGCGACUCGCUUCAUACUGGAAAAAAUUUCACGCCUCCGCGUGGAAAUCGCUUCAACUCGCAAUCGAGCACGCCUCCAAUGUCACCGGCAAAGCCGUUCCGCAAUGAGGUCAGUCGUCGAAUUCUGGAGUUGCUCGUCAUGAUCCAUGUCUACGGAUUGGCCGCGUUCCUCGCAAUUCGCGAGUUUAUCUUCGAUGUUCUCAACUUCACCGUCAACAAGAAAAUUGAGGGCGAUCUUAAAAAUUCGGCGAGAUUUGCGGGCAAAUGCGCACUAGUCACUGGAGCGGAUGGAACCAUCGGAUUUGAGAUUGUUCGAAUUCUCGUCGAAAAUCGAAUCGAAAAAAUCGUCGCAGUUGUUCAAACUGAAACGGGAAUUUUUGAAAAAUGGAAGGAUUGUGUUCAAAUCAUUGAACUCGAUCUAUUCAAGCCAAAUGAGAUUCCAUCAGCUAUCAAAUCGCUUCCUUCAAAAAUCGAUUAUGCUAUUUUUACGGCCGGUAUCAUGUUAGCUCCGGAAAAACAUUUCGAAGAUUCUAUUGAAGUUCACAAUUGCGUCAAUCUUCUUUCUCAAGCAUUUCUUUAUGAGAAAUUGGCGCCGAAAUUAAGAAAGUCGAUAUUUUUGACAUCUGCGACCGUUCGAGUUGCUUGCUAUUUGCGCGACGAGCAGUUUCUGAACGUAUACGCUGGUCCUUAUCAAGCAUACACCUCGUCGAAACUCUAUUUAUCCAUAUAUGUUCAACAAUUGGCGGAGGAGAGGAAUUUGAAGGUUGUUACAGUUCACCCGGGAACGGUGCCGGGAAAAUUGUAUCGAAAUGCGAAUUUCGCGGUUGUAUGGCUGAAUAAAACAGUUUUGCCGUGGCUGAUGAGAAAACCUCGGCAUUCUGCUAUUUUGGUCCUUCAUACAUUAAUCCGAAAUGAUAACAUCAUUGGAGGAUAUUAUGAAGAUACAGAAGAAAUUAAUUUGAAAGCGUGGAUUCCAGAAGAGGAACGCCUCCGUAUCUACUCCGCGAUUCGACGGAGAUUGGACGAUUGGGUCACGAGAUUUUGA